AUGGUGGUAGUCCCGCUAGUCGGCACUCACGCAGCCGCUCACCCUCUCCUGCGAAAGAGAAGGGGUACGACAGCUCUUCUUCACGUCGUGAUCACUGCCAUUCUUCAAGGUCUCGGAGCCGUAGUGGCAGUGGGGAUAGAGGAAGCAGGAGUAGAAGCAGAAAUGGAAGCGCAACAAAUACACCGAUCUCGUUCCCCCGAUUUCGACAGAAACGAAGCACUACGUGAUUCCUGGGCGGCCCUAAAGGCACAACCGAAUAAUUUCGAUGCAUGGAUUAUUCUUCUCACUCAGGCUGACCAAAAUUGGCUCGUGAUAUGUAUGAUCGAUUUCUAUCCAAAUAUCCGUAUUGUUAUGGCUUUUGGAAGAAAUACGCAGAUAUGGAACGUUUGGGAACGUGGAAUUCUUGCGAUCCCUUUAUCAAUCGAUUUGUGGCUUGGCUUUCUUUCAUUUAUGCGGGAAUUGGCUCCUCAAUCGGACAGAGGAAUAGAAAAAUUACGAGAAUUGUAUGAUCGAGCAUUAUCUAUGGCGGGUUAUGAAUUCCACAGCGAUCGGCUCUGGCAAGACUACAUUGCUUGGGAAGAAGCACAAGGGGAAUGGCAUCGAGUUGCGGCAAUAUAUGAUCGCCUAAUACGUAUUCCAACUGCAAUGUAUAAGAGUCAUAUGGAAAGAUUCGAAGCGAUUGUGAAUAUGUGCAACCCUUAUGAUUUGAUAUCGGAGGAUGAAUUCAACGAUAUUUUCGAUAUUGUGAGAAGGAAAUGCAACAUUGGU